AUUUUAAACAAAGUUAUAAUAGAAAAUAACAAUUUUCGUAUAAUGAAUUAGUCAUGAAUAAAUAAAAUUACAAUUGUAAUAUUACAAUGCAUGUUAUUAGGAAAAAUUAUUUUAAUGUAUUGUAUUUUGCAGAAAGUUAACUGAUUUUCGUACGUGUUAACCGUGAAAAAUAAAUGUCAUGGCUGUGUCUUUGAUUGUAAACUCAUUGACAAAAAUUUAUUCGACUAAAAUUCACAUUGGUAUUUGCAAGAAUUUACUGAAAACUGAGGCUGGUAAGCGCUUACAAUUUAUUUGCGUAUCAGCAUUUUCGACUGUGAAAGUGCUAAAUCCUACAAAAGAGGAACAAACGAAAAAUCAAAAUACAAUGGAAAAAUUACAAUAUUCUGAAACAUACCGCGAUGAAACCAUCGUCGAUAAUUAUCAUGGUGUCGAGAUUCAAGAUCCAUAUAGAUGGUUAGAAGAUCCAGAUUCUGAAAAGACUAAAGCAUUUGUCGAUGCUCAAAAUGCUGUUACCACACCAUAUUUGGCUUCAUGCAAAGCACGUCAAGAUAUUCAUGAUCGAUUAAAACAAUUGUGGGACUUUCCAAAAUACUCAUGCCCUGCUAGAUACGGGAAUAAAUAUUAUUUUUACAAGAAUACUGGCUUGCAAAACCAAAGUGUUUUGUAUGUACAAGAUACAUUGGAUAGUGAACCUAGAGUAUUCUUAGAUCCAAAUACUCUAUCAGAAGAUGGUACCAUUGCAAUUACUAGCAGUAAAUUUAGUGAAGAUGGUAGCAUAUUUGCAUAUGGUUUAUCUAGUAGUGGAUCUGAUUGGUGUACAAUUCAUUUUAUGAAUACAGAAACUGGUGAAAAAUAUCCAGAAAUUUUGGAAAAAGUAAAGUUUUCUCCAAUAACAUGGACUCAUGACAAUCGUGGAAUCUUUUAUGGUUGUUACCCAGAGCAGAAAGGUAAAACUGAUGGUUCAGAAACAGAAGGUAAUCGAGAUCAAAAGCUGUGCUAUCAUAUUGUUGGUACAUCUCAGUCAGAAGAUAUCAUUGUAGUUGAAUUUCCUGAAGAACCUUUAUGGAGGAUAGGUGCACAAGUUUCUGAUUGUGGAAAAUGGUUAAUCGUCACACCUGUGAAGGAUUGUAGAGAUAAUCUAGUUUACUUUACGGAAUUAAAACCAGAGAUGAAAAUAAUGGAAAAGUUGCAUUUAACCCAAGUAGUUGAUAAACUUGAAGCUGAUUAUGAAUAUGUAACAAACGAUGAUACCAAGGCGAUAUUUCGGACAAAUAAAAACGCACCAAAUUACAAAUUGAUAGCUAUAGAUUUAUUGGACUAUAAGCAAGAAAAAUGGGUUGAUCUUCUACCAGAACAUCCUGAUAGUGUACUAGAUUGGGCAUGUGCCGUUGAUGGUGAUAAAUUCGUAGCUUGUUAUAUUGAAGAUGUUAAGAAUAUUUUACAAUUACACAGUUUAACAAACGGAGAAAAACUUAGAACAUUUCCGCUUGAUGUUGGUACAAUAGUCAAUUUUGCUGGGCAAAAAAAAUAUUCCGAAAUAUUUUAUCAAUUCAAAUCAUUUCUAAUUCCUGGUAUUAUAUACAAAGUUGAUUUAAAAAAUGAAGAGGAUCCACAAGUAUUACGAGAGAUUAAAGUAAAAAACUUUGAUCCAAGUUUAUACAAGACUAGUCAAAUAUUUUAUACAAGUAAAGAUGGUACAAAGAUUCCAAUGUUUAUAGUAAUGAAACACGAUGCAGUUUUGGAUGGUUCUAUGCCGGCUUUAUUGUAUGGUUACGGAGGCUUUAAUGUAAGCAUUCAACCGACGUUUAGCGUUACGAAGCUGGUUUUUGUUCAGCAUUUAAAUGGAGUACUUGCAGUAGCAAAUAUUCGUGGUGGCGGCGAAUAUGGAGAAAGAUGGCAUAAUGGCGGACGAUUUUUUAACAAACAAAAUGUAUUUGAUGAUUUCCAAGCUGCUGCCGAAUAUUUGAUUGAAAAAGGUUAUACUACUUCUUCGAAAUUAAGUAUUUUAGGUGCCAGUAAUGGAGGUUUGUUAAUUGCUGCGUGUAUAAAUCAAAGACCUGAUCUUUUUGGUGCUGCAAUUGCUCAAGUUGGAGUAAUGGAUAUGUUACGUUUCCAUAAAUUUACUAUUGGUGUCGCUUGGGUAUCUGAUUAUGGUAGCUCAGAUGAUCCGAAACAUUUUGAAAAUCUUUUAAAAUAUUCCCCGUUACAUAAUGUAAGAGUUCCAGAGAAAGAACAGUAUCCCGCAACAUUAUUACUAACUGCUGAUCACGAUGAUCGAGUGGUACCAUUGCAUAGUUUAAAACUUAUUGCUACUUUGCAACAUACGUUGGGAAAAUUACCGCACCAAAUCAAUCCUCUAUUAAUUAAAAUCGAGACUAAAGCCGGACAUGGUGGAGGAAAACCAACUAUGAAAGUGAUCGAAGAAAGUACUGACAUCUUGGCAUUUAUUGUAAAAUCAUUGAAUUUAGAAUUUAAAUUAUAACAUAUAUCAAGGAUAUUAACAUUAUAUUUGAUACUAUGUAUAGGUCUUUUAACAUAAUUCUGUCCAUGGAUCAGAUUCUUUGUAUUUUAUCUUCUUCUAAUUAUUGUGUUACGUUCGUAUUGAAAAUAUAUAUGCAUGUAAUGCAAUAUUAUUAACAUGUAUAUAGCAUGUUGAUACUGAGGAAAAAGUGGAAAAAUUAUUUUGUUCCUAACAGUAAUAUUGGACAGAAUUAAUUUGAAUACAUCUGAGAAUGUAAAUGUUAUAAAGUGGGAGGUGUUUUUACAUUAUUAUCGUACAUAUUACAAAAUGAUAUUUCGAAAUAUUCUAGAAUGCUUUUUAGCAAAUUAUUUUAUUACAAAAAUUUUUAUUGUAUGAAAUAAAAAAUUUAUGUAAUUUAACAUAACUUGUAUCUUCCAUGUAACAAAAUACAUAUUCCAAUUUACGUUAUUAUUUUCUAGGAACUAGUAAUAUUGAUCGAAUUAACGUGCGAGUUUUUUAAUUAAAUACUAAAUAACAAGAAUUUUAUUGAUAAAAUAUAUCAUUGGACUUUUGUAUUUUACAUAUAUUUAGCAUUAAAAAUUAAGAAAGAUAAUAUUAUAGAAUAUUUCAGUAUAUUUUUCUUUACAACAUUUGUUUAUAAAGUCUAUAAAGAAAACUAUAUAUAAAAUU